AUGCUCAAGUACAAUGCCACUCAGAUGUUCAUUGAUACAUUCGAUGCCCUACAGUCCCAGUCCAUCUCAUCAAAGGUGUCAUUGACCAGUGACCUCAAGAAACGCUUCCUCUCCAGACUAUUGCUCAAAACGAUCAAGUACAACAAUGCCCAAGCAUUCAAUCAUCUACUAAAGCAACAGUGUACCGAUGGUAUCCUUCCCCUGUUCGACAACCACAAUGAGCACAAAGCUAGAUGGACGUCAUACUUGAUCAAACAUGGCAAUGUUGAGUUGCUCACAGCCUACCUCGUGAUGCACACUCAUUGCAAGAUGUCAACAUCCUACAUCAUGCCGGCCAUCGACACGGGCAACGUACAGUUCGUUCGACUAUUGCUCCAACACAACAUGUUUCAACGUCGCGAACUUUAUGAUGCGCGUACGCCAUACCAGUUCAAACGGCUAGGCGUCAGUAUCGACAUGCUCAAGCUGUUGCACGAGGAGUUCAAUAUACUCUACAAAUAUGAUGAACGUGUAAUGCUCUGGUCAAGGUUGUUGGGACAAUCAAUCAAGUCAAGCAAGGUAGACAGUGUACAAUACAUUCUCAAACACAUGGGGUACAAUGCAUCCUUGGAAAUGUCAACGCUAGAGUUUGUAUUAUCACAGCAUCGCGAGAACAUUGGCAUGAAUGGUAGCAUCGACCUCUAUGACGCGCUGUGUGCCGAUACAAACUGCGCCAAGGUGCUCUUCCAGAUGCACUUCGGCCUCGAACACAUUUUGCGCAUGGCAGCUGCUCACGGACAUAGCGAUCUCAUCAAACAUAUCUACACAUCAUACUGCCAACACAAUCCCGAAAAGAGGACAUACAUCCAUGAUAUGUUUGAAGAUGGCGAGGCAAUGAGUAGGCUCCGCAUGGCACCCUUGGUCCUGAUUCUCAACGAUGACCUUGACGUCGCCGAGUCAAUGAUCGAUCAACUAUGUCCAGCGAUCAAUCUCAAAUUGUGGUCUACCAUGUCUGAGCGGAUGGCCAUGCACCUGACCAAGGCGCGACAUCAUCCAUUGAAAUUCAAUCAACUUCAUUUGAUCGAUAUCAUUGAUGCGCUCAGCCAGCCUGGCAGCAAGAUCACCGAGGAGAUCAUUCAUCGAUUCAUUGAUAAUUGCAGCAUUGAGACCUCUCAGCGUUACUAUGGAGAUGACAUUGACGAUGUCCGGUUUGCACUAACUAAGGCUCCCAGUGUGUCCCCAUCAUUCGUUCAACAUCUCAGACAUGCAUUCAAUCUUCAUUACCCAGUCACCACAGACUUUGAAGACGGUAUGAUGUUGCGAGCGUUGGAGAUGGCCGACUUUGAUCAACUUUCCAUAGCCUUCCAGCUUCUCGAUCGUCCCGGAAUUGAGUUGAUGAUGUCAAAUGACAUCAGGAAGAAGAAGAUAGUGGUGGCCGCCAGCAAACUCAUCUCACACUCUUCAUUGGACGUGGUCACUCUCAUGUUGGACAAUCUGCCAGUCUUCAAGCUAGACCCUCAUAUAUGUGAAUGGGCCGUGUCCAACACCAAUGUGGACGUGAUCCAGUAUGUGCUGGGAUUGUUCCAUUUCGAUGUUGAACCAAGUAUCUCAAUUGAUAUCGACAAUAUAAUCAACUUGGCAUAUAUUGGUAAUAAUGCUCAUAUAAUUAUACCUGCGCUCAAACAUCGAUUUGAACAUGAGCUUGGCAAGACUUUGCCAAGGGUCCACCUGGCAACACUAAAUCAGGCUGCGACAAAGAAUGCCCAUCACUCAUUAGAGUAUCAUUUUGGAAGCUCAGAGUUCCAAUCAAUGUCCGAAUCAAACCGACUGAGUACCCUCCACUCGAUCCUCAACAGUGCCUACGAUCAAGGUUACUUCACCAUUGUCAAGAGAUGCACCACAAUGAUAGAUGAGAUUCAAUCAAUCAAUCAAUCACUCUUGAUCAACUCAAUUGUUGGAACUAUCCCUUCAUUCAAUCACUCCCAGUGA